AGUGGACUCAUUCAUUGACAACUCAGCGUAAAACCACGUCAAUAGUCACUACGAUUUUUUUGUUAAAAUUAUUGUGUGAAAAUAAAUCCCUGAAUUUUCCCUCUUUUUUGUGCUUUCCUGAAUGUUUCUCAACUGUACCGUACGAUAGGGGCCGUUUUAGAGGACGAUCUUUUGAUUUUAGGAUCCGAUUGGAUUGUAUUUGUCUUAGGAACGACGUGAGGGUGGUGAUGGAAUGUUUUCAGCCAGAUGAUGCCCAUUAAUAGAAAACCAACGGCUGCCUCGCGCCUUAAGCAGGAUUAUAUGAGGCUUAAGCGGGAUCCGGUACCCUACAUAACAGCAGAACCUCUCCCGUCCAAUAUUCUUGAAUGGCAUUUUGUGGUAAAGGGACCCGAAGAUACACCAUAUCUCGGUGGCUACUACCAUGGGAAACUCCUCUUUCCACGGGAUUUUCCCUUUAGACCACCAGCAAUUUACAUAAUGACCCCCAAUGGGCGCUUCAAGCCCAAUACACGCCUCUGCCUCUCCAUAUCGGAUUUUCAUCCAGACAGCUGGAAUCCCGCAUGGUCUGUGGCGACAAUCCUCACGGGACUCUUGAGUUUUAUGUUGGAAAAUACCCCGACGUUGGGGUCAAUUGAUUCAACAAACUACGAAAAGGAACGUCAUGCACGGAAAAGUCUCGCGUUCAAUUUGCGCAAUGAAACAUUCCGGGAACUCUUUCCGGAAGUUUGUCAGGAAAUUGAGGAUGUGAUACGGAAUCGCGGGGAGACACCUGAGGAGCCACCACCACCCGAACGGGCACAGGGGCUAUGCGAUAAGAAUCAAGGGGGCAACCAGUGGGGGAGUGUAGGCACAAAUAUCGUGGUAAUUCUCGUAAUGGCCAUCUUUGCUCUCAUUGUCAACUACAUCCUUAAGAGCAUUGUAAUUGACUGAUUGUGGUGGUGAAAAUAUGUAUGUAGGAUGAUUUAACAAGUAUUGUGGGGCAACCAAAUAUAUUCAUUAUAAAAAAAAUGAAGAAAUAAUAGAAACAUUCACAAGAGAAUGAAAGAGAUGGAGGUGGUUGAUACUUGGGUGGGAUGUGUGUGGGCUAUCAAGGAAUAAAUGAACUUUUUAGGAUAAACAAA